UGUAGAUCCGCUCGGCGCUCAUCUAGCAGCUCUUAUUUCUGUGCGGGGUUGUUCUGUUCUCAGCAGUGUUUCUGCUCUGUCUACAUAUCCAGCUGCUUCAGCAACCGGACUCACUAUUUUUUUGGCUUCACCCUCCGCUGGCCAAAUCCACUCCGAUUAAUAUCGAGCGCUGCUCGGUUCAAGGGGGAUAAAGACCGAGUUUCAACUCCGGUGGAUCUGAGUGGAUCCGCCGCUUCAGCGAAAUAAGAGAUUUGUUUGUUUCUUUAACCGACGGCUUUUUCGGCUGCGUCGGUGCUUAAUUAAACUGUGGCAUUUAAAAAAAGAAUCUUUUAUAAAUCACCUAUUUAUCAACAGUGGUCGAGUCGAGCUUUGAAGGGGCAACACAAGGCGAGAGAGAGGGGUUUUUAUCCAGACGCCUCCCUCUCUUUCUGUGUAUAUAACGUUAUUAAUUUACAGACGCUGAAUCGACGCUGCCGCCGCGGAAAGCUCGCAGCGGCGAUGAAUCAUUUUAACUGACAGCUUUUGAAGAAUUAGCCAGCGUAGCCAGAGACACGAACUGGAAACCGAUGGUGGUUUUCUGCUCACAUACGCAGUAAAAUACCAGGUUCGGGGAGCAGGCGCGGCUGCAGCUGAUAACACUACCGACGACUCUGUUUUGUUUUUGGGUUUUUUUUUUCCUCCCUAAAGGCUGCAAAGUGCAACACUUGCCGUUCGGCUCGAAAGCUUGUUUUUGUCAAAAGGGGGACCGCUAGCUACCGUUAGCUAGUCGCUCUGCUAACGCUGGACAGCUCCAGAGAAAGGCUGAGCUAGCUUCGGACAAAGGAGCAACGCAGCGGGGAAAUUUUUAUAAACACCGGGCACACAAGUCGUGUUCUGGAGCGACAAACGAGGACCUGACAUGAUGUUUCCACAAUCAAGACACUCAGCCUCAUCGCAGCAGCUGAAAUUUACGACCUCUGACUCCUGUGACAGGAUCAAGGAUGAGUUCCAGUUUCUUCAAGCACAAUAUCACAGUUUGAAGCUUGAAUGUGACAAGUUAGCGAGUGAGAAGUCAGAGAUGCAGCGCCAUUAUAUUAUGUACUACGAGAUGUCCUACGGGCUGAACAUCGAGAUGCACAAACAGGCUGAAAUAGUGAAGAGACUGAACGGGAUCUGCGCACAAGUCCUCCCCUACCUGUCUCAGGAGCACCAGCAGCAGGUCCUGGCAGCCAUAGAGAGGGCCAAGCAGGUCACCCCUCCAGAGAUGAACUCCAUCAUCAGGCAGCAGCUCCAGGCUCACCAGCUGUCCCAGCUUCAGGGCCUGGCCUUGCCCAUGACCCCGCUGCCUCUGGGUCUGAGCCAGCCAACCCUGCCAGCCGUCACCACUUCCUCCGGUCUCUUCUCGCUGUCUUCUCUGCUGGCCUCCCAGGCCCAGCUGGCCAAGGAGGAGAAGGCUUCUCGUGACGGCGUGGACAGCCACCGUGAGGAGGACGGAGACAAGUCUGACUAGGUCUCGUCUCCAUGCGGCUCUUUUAUUAUAGAGACAUGAAUUCCCAGAUCUGUCCCUGCAGCCUCGCCCGUGGUUGUCCCCUUUUUGACCUUACUCAACAUGGGGUUUCUUUCUUCAACGCAGCUUCAGCUUUAGACCCCUAACCUAUCCCCUUCUGGGAAAAGCUUUGGCACUCAUAUUACAGUAACUAAAUUAAAAUAGUAGAUUUUUUUAUGUCUUCUGUUUUGGUUUAAGAUGGACUUUUUUCUGUUCACUUUAGGGAUAGCUUUUUUUCUUUCUUUUUUUCUGAUUCAUCAUCUUUAUACUUUAGUUUCUGCAUUCUUCUUUAGUCCAGGUUAUUUUCCUCCCACUCUGCUCCUCUAGUUUGGCAGGACUGAUCCAUCAGACUGCAUAAAUCCCUCAGCUGGUGUUGAAACAAGCAAGCUGUUUAACAAAGAGAUCCAUUACAAACAUUAAUACAGGUUUCUUCCAAAAUCCAGUCACUUAAAAUAAGGUCCAAGUCUUUUGCAAAAUGUAACAUUCAUCUGAUGUUGGGGGGGAAACAAGCCCCUUAUUUCAAUUAUCUUAGUUGUUUCCUGACAUUAUGAGGGGUAGUGCUUUGUAAAAAUAUUGAAAUCUCUUAAACUUUGUUUUACAUUUUCUCAUGUUACAGCCCCAGACAUCAAUGCCUCAAAAUUAGUUCAUAGUUGUGAAGUGGAAAUAAAAUGACACAUGGCUUUUUUUUCUUUUUUUUAUCUGAAAAGUAUGGUGUGCAUUUGUUUUCAGACCCCUCGUCUGUAUUGCCUCUACACAUAAUGUAAUGUAACUAUUUGUACCUUCAGAACCCACCUGAUCAGUGACACCUGUGGCACCUGUAGGUCAUUUAAUCUCUUUUAAAACAGAACAUUAGUGAACGUACAGCGCCAUGAAGACCAAUGAACACAGCAGACGGGUCAGGGAGAAAGAUGUAGGGAAGUUUAACUUUCAGUCUGAAUUUAUCUCACUUAUGUAAAAUAAGAUUUUUUUUUUCUCCCAGGCGUAUGCGAAAUUGACUAAAAUGUGUCAUGAAUAUAUUACAUAUUAUUAUUAUAUGAUUAUUCAUAUGAUUAUUCUUUAUGCAUUGCCUCAACCUGCGAAAUGGUGUCAAAUUGUCUCUAAUGU